AUGCCUGUUGCAAAGUCGAAGCAGAGGAGCACCCUCUUCGUCUUCCUGUACUUCGCCUCUUCGGCAGCGCUCGCGGUGCUGCUCUCCGCGUCCUGGCAAUGGCUUGCCGGGGCAUCCGCCCGGCCCGCCCGCAUGCGCCUGUUCAUGCACGACGUGCUCACCGGCCCGGGCGCCACGGCGGUCGAGGUCGUGAACGGCACGGGGCCAUCGCUGUUCGGGGGCGACCCGCCGCUGCGGUUCGGGCAGGUGGUGGUGAUCGACGACGCGCUCACGGAUGGGCCGGACCCGGCGUCGAGGCCCGUGGGACGUGCGCAGGUGACCUACGUGUUCGCGUCCAUGCACGACCCGGCGCUGCUCUUCUGCAUGAAUGUGGUGCUCACGGCGGGGCCCUACUCCGGGAGCACCUUCGCCGUCGUCGGCCGCGACAACAUCGUCGAGCCACUGCGGGAGCUGUCGGUGGUGGGCGGCACAGGGAGGUUCAGGAUGGCGACGGGGUACGUGCUCUGGAGGACGGCGAGCUGGCAGCUACGCAAGAACGCCGUCCUCGACCUGGACGUGUUUAUCUACGUCCACGCCCACGCCCACCCCCAUGCAUGA